AUGAUAGAAACGCUUGCAACUUCAUCGCCUAUAGGCUCAGAGAUAUUUGCUCUGAUUGCCCUGUUGGUUAUUAGUCUAGUUGUACUACUUAUACUCCGACAUUAUCUGCCUAUCCGUACGACUCCGGCAUACCUUCUAGUUCCCAUCUUUUUCGCGCUCUGGCUGCCGGCAAGUAUCGUAUUACUUGUUCCUAUUGAUCUUGCUUCAAGUGCAAGGACCGAAGAUGCGGGAAGUCGAGGAAUAUGGCUCUACGAUCGAGUGCUGUUGGUCGCCUGGCGCAUCACAUACUGGCUCACAUUUGCCUUGACUUGGUUCAUUUUACCCAUACUUGCUGAAUAUGCCGAUGCCGGUUAUCGAGAUCCAAAAGGCCGUCUACUAUUUUCUUUGCGCGCAAAUGCCCAGUAUCAAGCCCUUAUUCUCGGGGCCGGCCUGGCUACGAUGUUAUACAUUUUUAUCAAAGAAGGAGUGUCUCCAGAGUCAUUAAAGAGUGUGGUUAUGGCUCUUGCAUAUUGUUGGGGUUUGGUUUUGGCCAUUUAUCUCAUGGGUCACGGGCUUGUCGCAAUACCUCGAAACCUUUUUAGAAACGCAAGCAUUAGUGGAAAAUUAAGGAGGAUUCAAACUCGGGCACCUAAAGUUCAUGAAAACAUGGAGGAGGCGAUUCAGAAAUUGGAGGAUUUGGAGGCACAGGUUGCCCAGUUGGCUCAACGGAAAACGGGUACUGCGAGGGACUUUAAGGACUGGAUCGAGGAACUUGCGGAUGAAACACAUUUACCCGAAUCUCGACCGCGAACUUUGUCACGGCGGAUGUCUGAACCAAAUGCAACUAUUCCAAAUGUCAUUACGGAACGAUAUCUGGCAGAUCUCAGUCGCCAGCUGACAAGAGCCAGACACAGUCGUGCCCGAUACCUCGAUGAAUGGGAUCGACUUCUCAAAGAUGCGGUGCACACACAAACCGUAUUGGAUUCAGCGGCAUCAAAGAAGAUUGAAAUCGGCCAAAGCUCCCCCCAUUCUUCUGCAUUCAAUCGAAUCACUAUUUUUACACCUCAUACUCGGUAUCUUUACGAGUACUUCUUCCUACCAUACUCCAAAACUGCGUUGGGGGCUGUUUUAACUCUCGCGUCAAUAUGUAUCAUUUGGUCUGAAUUCAUCAAGUCCAUCAACCCCAUUUUCUCUAUUAUUGCUGUCACGGUUGUUCAUCAUCGGGAUAGUGAAAAAGGCGAAAUUGGAUUCGCAGGCCAGGUGAUUGCAUCUUUCUGGAUCUUGUACAUGUGUGCAGCAGCUUUGAGCUCCUUGUCUGAAGUCAAGGUUUGGCGGGGACGCGCACUUGUCAGGAGAAACACUCAUGGAGAGGCUGCUAUGUGGUUUGCAAUGCAAGUAGCCAAGCUUUCCGUGCCGCUUUCCUUCAACUUUAUUACCUUUCUCCCGCCAGAUGUCUACAAAAAGACGAUGUUUUACAAGUUUCUUGGAAAGCUAAUUGUAUUUACACCCUUAGGGGACUGGUUUGAUUGGUUUUUCCCAAUAUUUAUAUUAGUUCCUGUAUGCGCAACCCUUUUCAAUUUAUAUGGAAAAGUUAAAGAUUGUGUGGGAUAUGGAGGAGUCAUUGAAGAUGAGGAUGAAGAAAAUGAAAGUGGUUAUGGUACAGGAUCUUGGCGUGAAGGUCGUGAUCUGAUUGAGCGCGAGUUGAAUGGUGGCCACUCAUCACUCGGUGGACUUGGAGAAGUUUCUGUAGAUCGACGUUCGGUUCCGAACAACCCCAACAAUCGGGCCGCUCCUGUAUUGACUGUACCGCGAGCCGAGAGGCAACGAGCCCUUGGCACAGCAUCUACCUCGAGACCAAGUGUUGAGCCCCAACAACGCCGCGUCGAACCCGAAGAUGAGAACUUUUUUGAAGCAUUGGGUCACCGAAUGAAGAACACCAUCGACACUUUUGAACCACCACGAUUCCUCGAGGGAAUCAAGAAACCGAAGUGGAUGGGAGGGGAUGAUGAAAAUGACGGACAAUCAAGCAGGAGUGGGAACGAUUUCACUCGCUGGUUUGGGGGUGGUAAUCAAGAAGGAAGAGUAAGAUUGUAA